AUGACCCCACUAGUCCACGGCCUUUCAAAUUCUGGCAAACGCGUCAUUGUGGCCGGCGCCACUGGAUCGGUCGGCCAGUUGCUGGUUCGUGUCCUGCUGUCAGAUCCUCGUGUGCAACAGGUGACGGCGAUAGUCCGGCAACAGCCAGUGGCCGAUGAUCGAGCCAAGACUAUUUGGUCGGCGACAAACUCGACACUUGAAGACAAGCUGUCUCAGUUGGUGGUAGACUUUGAUGAUCUCGGUCGGGAUAAGGACAUUGCCGCCAGCAAACAACGAGAGCUUAUUGGAAGCGCCUUUGAGAAUCACGAUGCCUUUCUGACGGCCAUUGGUAUUUACAGUCAAGCUACCCUUAGCGAAGACGAAAUGGACCAGGUAGAAUCCCACAGUGUCGUUUUGGGUAACAUUGCCGCAGAGGCCGGAGUUGCCCGAGGAGCCUACCUUUCCGGCGGUGGUGUCAAGCAACCAACUUUAGAAGGCAGAGCCUCGUCCAUGUUUGCUCGUUCCAAGGGACGUACUGAAGAGUCUUUGGCAAACCUCUUCCCGUCAUCGCAUGUAUCCUGUCGACCAGCCGCUAUACUUGAUCGACCUGGUCCACCGGCCUACGGAUUCCUUGAUGGAUAUCUCUUAAAGACUCCUUUGUUCGCAUGGCUGAGGAAUACCAGCAUGGCCAUUUCGGCCGUUGAUAUUGCCAAGGGGAUGGUACAAGGAGCCGCUUUUGACAAACAGGAACUGGUGAAUGGCAAUGUCAUUUGGGAGAACAAUGAUAUCAAGGAAGCAGCCAAGAGGUACGAUGACCUGCUCCGAAACGAAAUGUAG